AUGCCAACAGUCCUGAAUGACACAGGAAGACACUCAGUCGGUGGGCUCUGGGACCAUCACCAGCUGCUGGCCACGGCUUAUGGCGUAGUCUGCGUGGUGAGCCUGGCUGAGAGUGUGGUGGCUGGUGGCCUCCUCCUGUGGAGACUGAAGCGCUCCGGGCCCGUGUCCGUGCUCCUGCUGAGCAUGACGGCGGGGGCCGCCACCUUCUCGUGCGCCUUGCCCCUGAAGAUCCACUACCACCUGCACGGGGGGGACUGGCACUUUGGGGAGCCGGCCUGCCGGGGGAGCGCAGCCCUCCACUGGGCCUUCAUGUACCUGAGCACCACCUCUCUGUUCUGCCUCUGCCUAGACAGCUGCCUGGCCCUGGCCUACCCCUUCGCACGCCUCUGGCUACACAGGAUCCACUGGGCUGUGGGGAGUGCUGCGCUCUGGGUGCUGGCCGGGGUGGCGGCCAGCCCCCUGGCCCUGGGUGGGCCCCUGAGUUGGACCAACCCCGACAAUCGCACCUCCUGCUUUGAGGACUUUGUGGAAGACGUGGGGUCUGGGUCCUACGGCACCUAUGCCCUGGUGGGGGGCUUCCUGCUGCCCUGUACCAUCAUCCUGGGGGGCUACCCCCUGCUGGCCUGGCAUGUGGCCUCUGGCCAGAGGACCUGGCGCUGCCGUCGGGCCCGCAGAACCCUCUGCUUCAGCUUUCUCCUGUGUGCCACCUGCUUCCUGCCCUACUCCCUCACCCACCUGCUGCGCCGUCUCGUAGGCCCCACCGGCCCCACCCCCUUCCUCCGCCACCUGCGCGGGGUGACACUGCUGCUGCUCGGGCUGGGCUCCUGCCUCAGCCCUAUCAUCUGCCUGCCCAGGGUGUCCCGGGCUGGCUGCCGGCUCUGGGCUCGCCUGCGCCCUAGCAGGCCCAACAAGAUUUUCACCAUCUAUGACAGCGGGCUGGUAGAGGGCCCCUGCCAGGCACUGAGGGGACGUGGCCAGCACGGGAGCUGUGGAGACACCCAGGCUGAAGAGAUGGGCCUUGGGGUGAGUGGCAACAGGUGCCCCCAAGAGGCCGCCGUGGCCCCUGGUGGCCUGCACUGAGCCGAACCCUGGGGAGGCAGGAAACCGGGUCCCCUCACAGGGAGCCGACUUGCAAUUCCUUGUUCUGGGAAAGCCAAUGGGGGGGGGGGAAUCUGGGCCUGGAGGCCUGCUUGGGCCCUCGUAACCAGCCCAAGGGAGCUAGGGCCAGGAGGAAAGUCCACACUCUCCUUCCAGAUCACCCACCAAGCUUUGCUCCCUUGUCAGAAGGGGUCCCUGAACCGAUCAGAGGGAGGGAGGAGGGCAGCCCACCACAUGGCACUGCAGAGUUGGCACAUCUACACUUGCCACCAGUCUGUGGCUCUGUGGCACUGAGAAGCAGGUUUAUGUAGUGGGAAGAGGACAACGAA